AUGGACCAGAGGUCGAGCCACCGGCUGUUGCACACCUCCCACCCACUGGUGGUUUACAACAGCUCACCGUGUACGCACCGCUACAGUUCUAGCCCAGCCUUCUCGCCCAACCCGGAGGCAGGCUCCCGUUCCGAGUCCCACCCCGCGGAAAGACUGCCAAAGAAGAGAGAAGAAUCAGAGAGAGUCCCACCCACACUUUCUCGAUCCCACCAUUCACAGUGCGACCUGGUCGCAGGGGUCCCCCAAGAGGAUGCUUCCCAAGCCAACAGCCAGGCAGAGACCGCCGUAUUCGAGGGUACGUACCACGGCGGAUACUUUGCCCGAGCAGAUACAAGGGUAACCAGGCCACUGCUCUGUACUAAGCCUGGCCACAUGUGCAGCGAGUGGAAAGUGCUGGGAUAUCUCGAGGUUGCUUUUGUGAAGUGA